AGAAAAGCGGGAGACACAGAUAAAAGGCGUAGUAGCCAGUGUGAGAGAGAGAGUUAUGGAGAAAUCUAAGCUAAUAAAGUGAGUGAGUGAGGGAGAGCGACGAAAUUAACAUAAAUAGUGUUUGGAGAGAGGGAAAGUGAGAUAUUUUCCGAGAAAAAAAAAUGAAGACUGGAAGAAUGGUGCAAGAACAGAACCUGGAGAAGCAGAUGGGGUGCAUGGCUGGCUUCCUCCAGAUCUUCGAUCGCCACCAGCUUCUCAACGGAAAACGCCUCAACUCCACCAAACGCCUCCCUCCCUCGGCGACGGUGGUAUCGUCGCCAGAGUCGGAGUCGGCCAUGUCGCCGGAGAUAUCCAAAGAAUUGGAAAAACAACCGCAGAACAAGACGGCACCGUCUCCGGACCGAUCGAAGCAAUCUCCAUCUCCGACGAAAGAUCUCCGAUCUCCAUCGCCAGAAACUCGCGCUCCUCCGUCACCGGAACCUCAUCCGAAAUCUCCUCUUCCGCUUCCAGUUUUCGAAUUCAAAGAAGGCACGAGGUCCUCGUGGAAGUUCUCCAGAGAAGCACCGAGGCUCUCACUGGAUAGCAGAGCCACCGUCGACGCCAAGGGAAGCCUAUACCCGAGGGAGAUCCGAACAAACGCCGCCAUACUAACCGCCGGUCGGAGCUCCGCCGACGGAGGAAGCGAUAGUGACAAGCAACACCGAUCACCGAGCGUUAUCGCUAGGCUAAUGGGACUCGAACCGUUGCAGAUGUCGGAUCCAGAACCGAUUAAGCUCCGGAGAUCUUCGUCCGAAUCCAGAGUGAACCGAGACCUGAAACAGUACCGGUUCGUCGACGGCAACAAUUACCAGCAGAAGCAACCGCCGCCACAGAAUGUGCAGAGCCAUAAUUUCUCCGGCAAUGUAGGCAAAGACGACCGGAGCUCCAAUCGGGGCUCCUAUCCGAGGCAGCCGGAUCCGAAGAACAAUGCGAAGGCUCAGAGCAAAGGAAUGGCGCAGAGAAAGUGCUUCUUCAACUCGGCGGACUUCUUCCCCGAGCCGAAGCAGAGAGCCUCCGUUUACAACGAGAUUGAGAAGCAGUUGAUGAUGCGAGGAAUCGACGAGCGGUCGAAAGAUAUGGAGACGUUGAAGGAAAUCUUCGAAGCUCUGCAGCUCAAAGGCCUCCUGCGCUCCAGGAAAGCUGCCAAUCAGAUUAAUUCCAGAAACUUCUUCUACGAUCGGAGCUUCCAGUCGCCGAUCGUAGUGAUGAAGCCGUCCAUAUCGCCGAGCUCGGUUCACCGUGCAGCCAGAUUCGGAAACGACUCGCCGCCGCCAAGUUCGGGAUUUAGGUCGAGAGCCGGAGUUCGCCGAAACGGCGAGGUAUCACCUGCGGUGAGUCCUAGGCCCGACCGGCCGGAGAAUGCACGGAGCCAGACUAGAGGGAGGAGUCCUGCCGCGCGAGAGGGCGGCGUGAGGAGUCCGAGUCGGAGAGGAGGACCGUUAUCGAUCGAAACGCAGCGGAAGGGGAAUGAUUCGGUGGAGCAGAGGAGAGUAUCUCCGGUGCAUUCGCCUAAAGUCAGUUCGAGAAUACCAGAUCAAACGCCCACGAAUCGAUCUCCCAGGUACAUCAAGAAACCAACGGUUGAGAUUGCUCCAAGUGAGGAAAAGGCCCUCCAUCGGGCGGAGGACGAAUCGUCCACCACCAUGUCAGAGAGCAGCGUUAGCAACAGCACCUCGUCACAAGCCGAGACAGAGAGGUGGAAGGCGGAAGAGUACAAAGAAGGGAGGAGUUUGUUGGAGAGGUGUGAUAAGCUGCUUCACAGCAUAGCUGAGUUGCAACCGAGUCCUGUCUCGGUUCUCGACUCGUCGUUUUACAAAGAGGAAUCUUCGCCUUCGCCAGUCAUGAAACGCAGCAUUGAUUUCAAAGUUGAAAUGGAAGACAUUUGGGGCGAGGCAAUGUGGGGCACUGAGUUCGAAUCCAAAGACAGCGAUUUCGUCUACGUAUCGGAGAUCCUGUGGGCUUCCACUUACUUACCGGAAGACUCCGACAUUUUCCUAUUACUAGAGAAGAAGCAACAUUUCAAGGGAAAAGACACCUCUAAAGAGUCAACACUCGAGAGAAGGAUCAUUUUCGACACCAUCACCGAAAUUCUAGACCGAAACCGCCAAUUGCCGCCUUGGAAGGCGGUCUCGUGGCAAACUUCCUUGCCUGAAACUUGGUCCGAGUUUCAAAGAAUGCGGGAGAGGGACGACUCCGAGGACUUGUUCAAGGUCAUAUGCGGGAUGUUGAAAAAGGACCUUGCCGGCGACGCAAUCAACGGAUGGGGAGAUUGCUCCAUCGAAAUGUCCGACGCUGUUUUGGACAUCGAACGGCUCAUUUUCAAGGACUUGAUCGGGGAAACGAUCCGAGAUCUCGCCGCUUUUCCCACCAGCUAUAUCAAAGUUUCGGCGCCUUGCAGGAAGUUGGUCUUCUAAAAGCGGAGGGAAAACAAAAAAAACAUGGAAGUUUUCAUUUGGCGCGCUUUUUAAAUCAUAAUCCAAAUUAAAAUAUAAAAUAUCAUCCUUAGUUUUUAAUUUUUGUUUGUUUUUAGAUUAGAAAUUCAACGGUCGAUCUGGUUUUGCAAAAUCUGUAAAUUAAAUGGUUGUUUAUUGUAAUUUGCAAUAUUAUAUUUUGCGAAAUGCUGUGGGAAAUUGGAAGUGGGUUGCUCUCA